ACAGCGCCUAUACGACAAUCUACAACAGGUCGGGAGAGUGCCCCCAUUCCAGCCAAUCCCUUUGCAGUAGUAGAGCCCACACCUUCACGUCCAGUGUCGCCUAGACAACGCGACACACAUCAUUUUCCAAGGUCACCUAUCGUAUCCCCAGAUCGAUCAGGCGCCGGUUCACCCGCUUCAAUGACUGCUAGACCCCCCGGAAUCGAUAUAAGAGGAGUUGGAAUGACUCGUACCGUGGUUCUUCACAAAGCCUACUUACCUGAUGCCCCGCGUAUUCCUACCCUUGGCCUGUCUUUAGGAACUGUACAGAACCUGUUAGCUGUUCAGCGUUUUGUACCCAAUCCUACAAAACCGAGUCUCCAACAGAUCAAAAACGUGAAGCCUGCAAGUCCCGCUUUCAACGCUGGUCUUCGUGCCGGCGAUUAUGUAUUGAAGAUCAACCACAAGGACGUGACGCGAGCCUGCCAUGCAGAAGUGGUAAAAUUGCUUGAGAACCUGAAAUCCAACGUUGUCGUGUUGGAGGUAACACGUCCCAAACCCGAAGAACCAUGUCCAGGGCAAAAGGAACACUUCGUUGCCUCACGCCAUAGCACUCUAGCGGGUGGAACAUCAAAUUCUGCAACGAAAGCCAUCGUCCAACGCAGUGUCAGCAUGGCAGGACGCGUGAACCACAACAACGGACCUGCGCCCUACUCACCUAUGUUGCCCAUGCAUGUACCCCCGCACAGUCAAUGCAUUUCCCCUGACGGUAGCAGUGUCUCUAGCACGGCCUCAACAAUGGGUUCUGCUUCACCUCGAAAUUAUCAAAAGGCAGGAAAUGAAGUGGUGGUUUAA